AAGGCAGCAUGGAAGUAACCAAGGGAGAGGAUUGGUCGGAUGAACAGGGUCCGUCUGCGUUCGGGACGUCGGAGCUGGAGAGUCAGAGGAGAGACGCCGGACGGAGCAAGAGGAGUAAAAUCAUCAUUGUGGUUCUGCUGGUGUGCCUACUGGGGGCCAUCCUGGCCUUGGCGCUCUCUCUGAGGAGCCGCGGUGAUGAGACAGCAGACGCAGACGGAGCGUUCUGGCUGCAGGCGUUCUCUGAGGAAACUCCGCAGCUACAUUGUCCACCUGGUUUCGCCAGGCCCCCCCUCAUCCUGGUGUCCUUGGACGGUUUCCGAUCGGGGUAUCUGAACGAUCACGGCAGCCACCUUCCCAUCAUCGGCCGGCUGCGAAAUGCUGGCACAACAACGCCGUACUUGAGGCCCGUUUACCCCACAAAGACCUUUCCGAACCACUACAGCAUUGUGACCGGUCUUUAUCCCGAGUCUCACGGGAUCGUGGACAACAAGAUGUACGACGUGACCCGGAACGCCUUCUUCAGCCUGAAAUCUCAGGAGAAGUUCAGCCCCAAGUGGUACCAAGGAGAGCCAGUCUGGAUCACGGCCAUGCGUCAAAAGCUGAAAACCGGAACCUUUUUCUGGCCGGGCUCAGAUGUUGCCAUAAAUGGCAGCUUCCCAGAUUUCUACAACCUCUACGACAAGAGCAUUUCGUUUGAGAGAAGAGUGUCGAAGCUGUUCGAGUGGCUCAGUUUACCUCAGGGAGAAAGACCCGACUUCUACACUUUGUACCUGGAGGAACCUGACGCGUCAGGACAUCGUUAUGGGCCAGGAAGCAAAGAGGUCAUUCAGGCCUUGGAGGAGGUGGACAGGAUCAUGGGCAUGCUGAUGGACGGCCUGACAGAGAAAAACCUGCACCACUGUGUCAACUUGAUGAUCGUGUCUGACCACGGCAUGGAGGAGGCCUCCUGUGAAAAGGCAGCGUUGGUGUCGACCUACCAGGAAAACACUGACGGCUUUAAUGUCAUCCAAGGCCCGGCUGCUCGUAUCAGACCCGCCCGCCUUCCGGAGGAUUACUUUUCCUUCGACUACGACGGCCUGGUGAAGAACCUGUCGUGCAGGGCCCCUGACCAGCCGAUGAGGCCGUACCUCAAAGAAAACCUCCCAAAAAGGAUGCACUUCGCCAACAACAAGCGCAUAGAGAGAGGACAUCUGUACAUGAAGCAGGGCUGGCAGGCGGCACUUAACCACAAGGAAGUCAAGUACUGCACCGGCGGAUUCCACGGCUCUGAUAAUCUCUUCACCAACAUGCAGGCGAUCUUCAUUGGCUACGGUCCCGGAUUUAAAACCAACGCUGUCGUGCCACCUUUUGAAAACAUCGAACUGUAUAACGUCAUGUGUGAUCUCCUCGGCAUCCGACCGGCUCCGAACAACGGGACCCACGGCAGCCUGAACCACCUGCUGCGGCAUCCGUUCCACCUCCCGGUUCACCCGGCGCAGCUCUCCCACGACUCCCCCUGCGAGGCCCGGGCCCCUGUGCCCGCUGACGACCAGUGCGUCUGUACACCCCGGACCAAGACGCCGGAGACCGAUUUGAACAGGCAUCUCACAACAACUAAUUCCAGCGCCAAAGUCGCCCUGCGUCGCCUCCACCACCCUUUCGGGACCCCUCGGGUCGUCCAGCCGGACGCCACCUUCUGUCUGCUGUACAACUCCGACUACCUCACGGGCUACAGCAGAGACCGCCUCAUGCCCCUCUGGGUGUCGUACACCGUCCGGCCCGCGACCGCAGUCCGACCCCUGAGCCCGGAGUUGGAGGCGUGCGUUCGUGCUGACGUGCGCGUCCCACCGGCCGCCAGCCAGCUGUGUCACCGCUAUAACUUCACAAAUCUGUCCUUAGGCCUGCUGCAUCCCCCAAGUCUGAGCGCCGACGGACCUGUGGCCGACUCUCUGAUCACCAGCAACAUGGCACCAAUGUUCCCUGCAUUUAAAGACGUUUGGACCCACUUCCAUGAAGUCCUGCUUCCGCAGUAUUCGCAACGGCUGAACGGAGUCAACGUCGUGAGCGGGCCGAUAUUUGACCAAGACUUUGACGGAAACGUCGACACGUUCAAAGCGACCUCAGGGAAGCAGGCUCCCGUCCCGACACAUUUCUUCGUGAUGCUGACGAGCUGUGGCAACGCGACCUUCAGCCCUGUUAACUGUCGGGGCCCGCUGCAGGCCAAGUCCUUCGUCCUGCCCCACAGACCUGACCACACAGAGAGCUGUGCCAACGGGUCGGACAUGACGUGGGCGGAGGACUGGCUACACUUUCACACGGCUCGGGUCAGGGACAUUGAGCUCUUGACCGGACUGAGCUUCUACCACGACAGGUUAUCGGUGGAAGAGACGCUACAGCUCAAGACGUUUCUACAGACGGCUUAAAAAUCCAAGACGUUAUCAAAUCGGUGUUUUAAUUUCCGAGGGAAGACAUAUUGGUCUGCGCAACAGGCCUCUGUCCACGUGGACACACAGUUUCACCCACACUCGGUGGGUUUAACAGGUGCCUCACUUCCUAAAGAGUUCCUAAAGAGUUCCAUCCAUCCAUUUUUUUAUAUAUAUAUAUAUACAUAUAUUUUUUAAAUGUGUGAUUCCAAAUCAAAAUUUACAAGUAGUCAACGUGUGAAAGCCAUGUGUUUGUUUCUGAUUAUGUUCUUAAAGAUGAUUAGAUGGAGAAAAGGGUAUUUUUGGGGGGAAAAUGAGGCUCCAAAGCUUUGAACCAAAGACGCCAUCGCAGCUGCUGCACUUCCUCAGGUGGGACUAAGGCAAAAGGGAAACAGAAGCAUUCGUCGAUGGAAGACGUUUUUUCAUACGCUUUUCAUCGGGAAGAGGGGAAACACCAGGACGGAUCUGGAAACGCUCGUGUCUGCUGGUUGUCGAGGGAGUCCUGCCACACAUCUGGAGAACUGGCGUCAGCAGCUGGAGUAAAACGUCCGGGUGUUAUCACUGUAUUUCCCUGGUUGUUACUUUUGUGUUUUCUUUAUACUGCAUCAAUGUCGGUUUUUUGUUUGUAAAUUUGUGGUUUGGUCAAUGACAUUUUCAUGAAGAGAUAAUUGUUCAGUUGUGUGUGUGUGUGUACUAUAUUUAUGGAUGGAUUACAAGAUAAAUUGCCCUUGGGUACAAACAUCUGCCUUCAUAAGUUUGGGAUUGUUUGUAGGCAUUUUUUGUUUUGUUUUUUUUGUCGGCUGUUGUGCGUUAUUAUUUUUUUGUGUGUGUGGUCAUUUCACACAAUGUUAUUGUCAGUUUUUGUUUUUUUUGCUUUCGCGGCUGUUUGUAGUGAUUUGGUCUCUCGUCUGUCUCUUCUCAUUUUCCCCUCUGUGGUUAUUCGAAUCCCUUUGCGAUUCUUUUGUCGUCAUGCUGCAUUUUCACCUGCAUCUCUUCAUUGGUCGCCUCUUUACAGUUGCUUUGUGUAUCUUUAGACAUGUUUCCAUCACUUUCGGCGACGUUGUGCAGGCGCAGCAGAACUCUGUGCCGUUGGUUGCAAAACCUGCAGCUGCACUAAAGUACUUCUGGAGAUGGGGGAGGUCGUCUGUGUCUCCUGGGCCUGUGUUCAGAAAUCUGUCCAUGACUGUGUGCAAACGUGUUUGUGGGUAUCAUCUUUUUUGGCAUCAACACACUUUUUGUCCCGUGUUUGAUUUUUCUACUUCACUGUAUCUGUUUGGAAGUCGACGUUGGCAAAUCAUUUGUGGGAAAUGGAAAUUCAAUAGAUUUCCUUGAUCAUGUCUUUUUCUUUUUUUCAAUAUUGUCAGGAAAAAGUAGCCUUGGACAAACACAAUUUCACAUAAAGACCCUUCUAUACUGA